GCCGACAACUAUAUUAUAGUCGUAAGUACUAAGUUGUGUUUGAAUUUGUCGUGGUUUCCAACAAGAGCGUUUCGUUAAAUCAUUCCAUAAUUAAUUUCUAGUGUUGAUAUUAUAAUAUUAAAAAGAACAAAUAAAAUAGUGAUGCGUUUUGCAUAUUUGAAAUAUAAUCUCAUUUAGAAAAAACUUCACCGGCUCAAUAAUGUCCGCAAGAAGUCAAGUAAACGGGAUGAACUCAAUGGAGGAGGUUCAAAGACAUUCUGUUCAUACGUUGGUGUUCCGUUCCCUGAAAAGGACUCACGACAUGUUUUUGUCUUGUCAAGGAAUGUUGCCACCAAUCGACGAAGAAGCAGAAAAAAUUAAAAAGAUGGUUAAAGCGCGGGAUAGUUACGGCCUCGUCUUUGAUAAAGUGGAACGUAACAAGAUUAAUAUGAAGAAAUCACAACCUAAUCUGAUAAAACACGAUCACUUGGAUUCACUUAAAGACAACAUGCCCUUGGCCAUAACCGACAACCCAGAAAAAAUAAACAAAAACACCGAAACUAGUAUGGUCUUGUCGAGUCCAAGUACCCAAAACAUAGCCGCUGCCAAUCGUCUUAUGAACCAUAUAAUGCCGAAACCCAAGUGGCAUCCACCGUGGAAAUUGUACAGAGUGAUCUCUGGCCAUUUGGGUUGGGUGCGCUGCAUCGCCGUCGAGCCCGGUAACGAAUGGUUUGCGACCGGAGCGGGCGAUCGAGUUAUCAAAAUUUGGGAUUUGGCAACCGGUAAAUUGAAACUUUCGUUGACCGGACACGUCAGUACGGUCAGAGGUCUACAGGUUAGCCCUCGUCAUCCGUACUUGUUCAGCUGUGGAGAAGACAAACAAGUCAAGUGUUGGGACUUGGAGUACAACAAAGUAGUGAGACAUUAUCACGGUCAUUUGAGUGCUGUUUACAGUCUAUCGCUUCAUCCGACCAUCGAUGUAUUGUUGACCGCCGGCCGUGAUUCCACAGCUCGUGUAUGGGACAUGCGCACUAAGGCAAACGUCCAUACGUUGACUGGUCAUACAAACACUGUGGCUAGUGUUGUCACACAAGAAUUCGAACCACAGGUUUUGACUGGAUCGCAUGACUGCACGAUUAGAUUAUGGGAUUUGGCAGCUGGAAAGACGAAAGCGACUUUGACAAAUCAUAAAAAAAGCGUUCGGUCUCUUGUUUUACAUCCUAAAUUAUACAUGUUUGCCAGUGCCAGUCCAGAUAACAUUAAGCAAUGGACUUGUCCGGAGGGUAAGUUUGUUCAAAAUCUCACUGGUCACAACGCCAUCGUCAACUGUAUGGCCGUCAAUUCCGAUGGUGUACUCAUGUCUGGGGCAAACAAUGGUACUAUGUACGCUUGGGACUGGAGGACGGGUUAUAACUUCCAGAGAAUACAGGCUCCCGUUCAACCGGGUUCAAUGGACAGCGAGGCCGGAGUUUUCGCAAUGGCUUUCGAUCACAGUGGUACCAGACUAAUCACGGCCGACGGCGAUAAGACCGUUAAACUAUACAAAGAAGACGAUACAGCCACCGAAGAAAGCCAUCCUAUUAAUUGGAAACCGGACAUACUGCGGAGGAGAAAAUAUUAAUUCAACUUAUGUGUACAUUUUUUUUUCCUUAUAUGUUAUGAUUAUAAUAUUAAAGUAGACACAAGCUGACCGACAACAAUAAUAUUUGUUAAAUAUUUACAGUAUGUGCUAUAAUAAUUUAAUUAUUGUAAAAAAGAUCACAAAUAAUGAUAACAGUUGUUGAUAAGAGAUAACGUUAUCAUAGUUUAGCGGUAUCCGUAUCACAUGUUUUUUUUGAAUAAACGAUUUCUUAUUUUA